AAAUGUUUCACACAAAACUCCUUCCUUAUCACAGAAGAAAUUCCACAUGAGGAAAAAAUUGAUUUGUUUACAGGAAUCUUGAAUUUUGUUUCUUGUCUCUUACUGAAAGCCCAGCUGAGAAAUUGAUAAUUUAAUUUCUUGUGUGAUUCUUUUCAGUGAAGCAUGUCUUAUUAUUAAACAUGAGAGAGGAGAUCUGAGCUUCCUUAGUUUGGCCCAGUUUCAUAUUAUAUUAUAUUUAUAUUAUAUUUAUAUUAGUUUGGCCCCUUUCACUGAGCCAAGGGGAACUGCCAUUGCUGGGCCAGAGAAAGUGAGUUUGUUUCUCCAUUAGGUAUAUUAGUUGCCUUGAGUUCUUUCUACAUAUAAUAUAGGGGGAUAUAAACAUGUAUGUAUUUUUACUUGACAUCUUUCUUUUUUGUAUAAAUGUUUAUUUUAUUUUAUAGUGUAUAAAAAUUCCACCUUCAAUUGAACAGUGUGUUGUCUGGGUACAAAUCAUUUUACGAAGUAAUAUUCAAAAUGUAUACAAUAAUAUUCAUCACAUUUAUAUCAAUAUAUAUUAAUACCGAUCAUAGUCAUACUAUUUGUUUAACGAAUUUAACCCGUUUUCCUUGUAUCACUGAUUGUUUCAUAUAUUUCCCUGUUUCUAGCUCCUUCUUAGCCCAUACUAUCAUUGUCUCUUUUACUUGUUCAUCUUCCAUCUUCAUACUUAAAAAUAGCUAUAUAUUUUCUUUAUUAAUUUUUCAUCUGUCCAUGUUAAUAUCUGAUCUAAUUCUGUUAAUUCUCUACUUCAACCAUACAUUUUAACAUCCUUUUCAACCUGUGGUUGGAAUACAGUAUUGCAGGCUGACAGCCCACAGCAUGGAAUCCGGUCCCGAUAUGCCUCUAAGUUGACUCAGCCAUCCGUCAUUUUGAGAUCGGUAAAAUGCGGACCCAGAUGGUUGGGGACAAUAUGCUGAUGCUGUAAACUGAGAGUGUACAAAGCACAGUGUAGUGGUAUAUAAGUGGUAUAUAUGUCUGAUUGCUAUUGCUAUAAUAAAUAGCUUCUAUGAGCUUGUAUUGCACCUUAAAUGAAUCCUGUGUAGCUCGCACCACAAAGAUGCAAGACAUAGGCAACCCAGGGGCCUCCAUUACUGUGUGCACUGCUGCAUUCAGUUGAUGUCUCUAGUGGUUCAGUGCAGGGAUUCAAACAAGGUGACCAAGGCAAGAGUAUCAAGAGCCUUGAUAGUACAGUGGUUUAGUGCACCCUGUCAUUAACACAGCUGCCUGCAAUUUCUGCUGGUUCAAAUCUCUCCAAGGCUCAAGGUUGACUCAGCCUUCCAUCCUUUCUAAGGUAGGUGAAAUGAGGACCCAGUUUGUGGGGGCAAUAAGCUGAUUUUGUAUAAAAUAUACAAAAGAAUGAAGGCUAUUGCUUAACGCAUUGUAAGCCGCCCUGAGUCUCCGGAGAAGGGCGGCAUAUAAAUCAAAUUUAAAAAAAAACAAAAAACCCCUUGUGCAAUGCAUCCCGGUUCAGGAUAGGGCACAAUUGGUGCCCGAAAUGUAUUAUCUACGUCGAUAGAUGGCGCUGUACAUAGAAUCCCCUAGAAAGCAGAGAAUAGAGUACAGCAGCGGAAAAAGAGACGCCGAGCUAGAACCAAUUGAAACUAUAGAGUAUUAGAUUGGUAGAGUGGAUGUGGACGAAAGGAGGUUCACAAGGUUCUUCCUCUUCCGGCUCACCCAGGGGAUGGCGUCGGCGGAGCCUCUUGUGCUGCUUGGAGGGUGGAAGCGGCUCCUGGGAGAUAAACAGGAUGCCAAAAAGAGCACUGUGGACAACAGAUAAUGAGAAGCAGCAUUAAAAUGCAAAAGAAGCCAUCAGUCAAAAUCUUCCACUUUCUCCAGAAAGUGUAAAAACUUCUCCUUCAGCUUAUGAGAGAUGAUAUAGAGAAUUAUAAGAGCAAAGCUUUCAGCUGGGAAAAAAUAAGAGUGCCCGGAGCUCAAGGAAACAUUACAUGAGAAAUUAAGGAGGAUAAUUUCUAAAUAAAGAAGUCAGUGGGAAGAAAAAGGUUUCGUGGAUAGCCAAAACUGACAGACAUUAACGAAAGCCUUUGCGGAAGGAAAGAGUAGGUUGAAUCAAAGAACCACCAGGAUUUGCAGCCGUUUUUUAAACAACAGUGAAACUAAUCCAUUAAUAGGAAACUUAAAGACAAAGUGGAUGUCAAGAAGAGCCGCCUGAACAACCGAGAAUGAGAAGCAGCAUUAAAAUGCAAAACAAAGCAUCAAUCAAAACCUUUUCCACUUCUUCCAGAAAGUGUUAACACUCUUCUUUUUCCUCAGCAAAUGGAGGGAGAAAAGGGAGAGAAUUACAGGAAAAGAAUUUUCAGGUGGAAAAAAUAAAUUAUGUGGAACUCAAGAAAAUAUUGCAUGAAAAAGUAAAAAGAUAUAAUUAUCAAAUUCAGAAAACGUGGGAAAUAGCUGGACAUCAGUGGAAAGGAAAAGGUCCCUUGGAUAACCAAAGGCAUUUAUCAAAGCCGUUGAGGAAAGAAAGAGUGUCUUGAAUCAAAGUAUCCACCCCAUAACGGAUCAGAAAAUUUUUGGCCCCCUCAUGAAUCUAAGAAUAUCAGUGUUGGAAAAACUUUACCAACUGCCUAUUUUGGGAAAAACGCAAAUUGCAGAUCACAGAUGCACAAGAGGAUCCAUUCCCUGAAAACCCAUACAAAUGUUUGGAUUGUGGCAAAAGCUUUACUCAAAACAGGAUUCCUAAGAUUUAUGGAAUGUCCAAUGAAGGGGGAACAUCUCUACCAGUGCUUCCAAUGUGACAAAAGAUUUAGCAUGUAAAUGAAUUUGGCGAGGCACAAGACUGACAGUGGAGAAAACCUCUUUGAAUGUCCUGAUUGUGUGAAAAGUUUUACUUGGAAUGCUGACCUGGCUAUACUCCAGACAGAGAAACCAGAUGAGAUGAGAUUAUGAACAAAAUGUUAAAUCAGAAUUCUACAGUGAGUAUACCCAAGAGAACUCACACAGGAGAGAAACAGUAUGAGUGUCUGGAUUGUGGGAAAAAAUUUAGUCAGAAUUCGAAGCUGGUGAAACAUCAGAGGACUCACACGGGAGAGAAACCAUAUGAAUGUCUGUAUUGUGGGGAAAGUUUCAGUCAGAAUUCAAACCUGGUGAUGCACCAGAGAACUCACACUGGGGAGAAACCAUAUGAGUGUCUGUAUUGUGGGAAAGGUUUCAGUCGGAAUUCCUCCCUUAUGGAACACCAGAGGACUCACACAGGAGAGAAACCUUAUGAGUGCCCGGAUUGUGGGAAAAGUUUCAAGGGUAAUUCCAAACUGGUAAAACACAAGAAGGCUCACACUGGAGAGAAACCAUUUGAAUGUCUGGAUUGUGAGAAAAGUUUCAGUGAGAAUUACUGCCUGGUGAUUCACCAGAGGAUUCACACAGGAGAGAAACCAUAUCAGUGUCCUGAUUGUGGGAAAGGUUUCCAUCGAAAUUCCAGCUUGGUGAUACACAAGAGGACUCACACAGGAGAGAAACCAUAUGAGUGUCCAGAUUGUGGGAAAAGUUUCAGUCAGAAUUCGAGCCUGGUGAUACACCAGAGAACUCACACUGGGGAGAAACCAUAUAAGUGUCCUGAUUGCGGGAAAGGUUUCUAUCAAAAUUCUGACUUGAUGAAACACAAGAGGAUGCACACAGGAGAAAAACCGUAUGAGUGUCCAGAUUGUGGGAAAGAUUUCAGAUAUAGACUCUUCACUCAGUACUUUAGGACUCACACAGGAGAAAAACCGUAUGAGUGCCCAGAUUGUGGGAAAGGUUUCAGUCGCAAUUUCGACCUUAUUGAACACCAGAGGACUCACACAGGAGAAAAACCAUAUGAGUGCCCAGAUUGUGGGAAACAUUUCAAGCGUAAUUCCCACCUGGGGAGACACAAGAGGACUCACAUGGAAGAGAAACCAUAUGAGUGUCCAGAUUGUGGGAAAAGUUUCAAGCGUAAUUCCCAUCUGGAGAGACACAAGAGGACUCACACGGGAGAGAAACCAUAUGAGUGUCCAGAUUGUGGGAAAACGUUCAGUCAGAGUUCCCAUCUGGAGAGACACAAGAGGACUCACACAGGAGAAAAACCAUAUGAGUGUCCGGAUUGUGGGAAAGAUUUCAGUAGUAGGUCUAGCCUUAUAAAUCAUGUAAGGGUGCACAUAGGGGAGUAACCAUUCAAAUUCCCAGUUUGUGGAAAAUGUUUCGCACAAAAUUCCUCCCUUAUCGUAGAAGAAAUUGUACAUGAGUAAAAGUUUGAUCUGUUUAAGGGAA